CGCUCAAUGCGUCUUCAUUCGCUGGCCCAGUUUGUUGUCGCGCGCUCGUGGUUCCUCCACUCGUCGUCCGUUUUUAUUUUCGUGGUGUCGCCUAUAUAUAUAUUUAGUAAAUAUUUUGUUGUUGAUAUUUAUAGUUGUGAAUUUUCUCUCACACUCUCUGCGUGUUGUUGAACAUAUUUUUUUGUUGGUGUUUUAAUAUUUUUAUUUAUUGUUCUUGUGAAGACUUUGAUUUAAAAUUAAAUGGCAGCCAAAGAUCGCCUGCCCAUAUUUCCCUCCAGAGGAGCCCAAACACUGAUGAAAUCGCGUCUGGCAGGCGCCACCAAGGGUCAUGGUUUGCUCAAAAAGAAAGCAGAUGCACUCCAGAUGCGUUUUCGCCUGAUUCUGGGCAAGAUCAUAGAGACCAAGAGCCUGAUGGGUCAGGUGAUGAAGGAGGCAGCCUUUUCGCUAGCCGAGGUCAAGUUCACCACGGGCGAUAUCAAUCAGAUAGUUUUGCAAAAUGUGACCAAGGCUCAGAUUAAAAUACGUACCAAAAAGGAUAAUGUGGCCGGUGUGACCCUGCCUGUGUUUGAACCAUAUAUGGAUGGUGUGGAUACCUAUGAGCUGGCUGGCCUGGCACGCGGUGGACAGCAGCUGGCCAAGCUCAAGAAGAACUAUCAGUGUGCAGUGCGACUGCUCGUCGAAUUGGCCUCGCUCCAGACCUCCUUUGUGACUCUUGACGAUGUGAUCAAAGUGACCAAUCGGCGGGUAAAUGCCAUCGAACAUGUAAUUAUUCCCCGCAUCAAUCGCACCAUUGAGUACAUCAUUAGCGAACUGGAUGAACUAGAACGUGAGGAAUUCUAUCGCCUGAAGAAGAUUCAGGACAAGAAGCGGGAGGCUCGCAAAACGGCGGACAAGAAGCGUGAGGAGUUGCGUCGCCAAGGACAAUUGGCCGAGGAGGCCAAGGAAGUGCAGAAUAUCCUUGAUGAGGAUGGUGAUGAGGAUCUGCUCUUCUAGACCGAUCAAAGUCGAGAUCACAAUGAUCAUGAUGCUGAUGCUGAUGCUCCAUCCUGUUUCCACUUUGCACUCAAUUUUGCUACCUCACCUUUGUCCACCUUGUUUUCGUUGUUGUUGUUGUUGUUGUCGCUGUUUUUUGUUGUCGUUAUCAUUAUCAUUGUUCAUUGUGAUCCGUAUGCUGUUCUUGGAAAUACAAUCCCUAUCCGUAACCCCAGAAUAUACCCCCUGUCGUCUCUCUCUCUA